AUGGUAGGGUUUGGUGGAACUUUGAGGGCGUAUUACGAGCUAGAUGAGUUUAAGGAGCGAGCCCCAAUCUUCGCGGCAACGAUCCGCUUUCGCUGGGAGAUGGGUCUUCUUACGGACUACAUUAUUAGCAUGUUCAAGCUUCCUAUGCCUAGUGGGAGGAUAUGUAUCCUCUGGAACUGUUUCGCCUGGAGACGCGCUAUGAAAGGGACAGAUCUAAGUUGGGAGCAGCGACACGAUAGCAUUCGUAAAGCCCUUUGCGACCGCUUUACCCUCCUCCCUUGUGAGGAUCAAGGUCCGUUCUUCUAUCGGCCUCAAUCAUACCUAAUCGCUGCCCUUGUGGAAGCCAACAAGGCCGACGAUGAAACCAUGGCCAUUAUCACCGCGAUAGGUCACUUUGUACAGGACUUGAAAGAUUUCAACCAGCAGCGAGCUCGCCAAGAUGAGGAUGUCCGCCGCCAUGGGCGGGAGUGGCUGAAGUCCAUCGGCAGACGAGCCAUUCGGUCUCUGUCACCUCGUAAGAGGUUGCCAGUACGAUCCCGUGGAUCAGAGGUCCUAGAUUAA